AUGUCGAGUAAGAAGAAGCCGUUGCUGACCUGCUCGAAGUGCAACGCUGUGAUUCUUUCCAAAGACGCCCAGAGACAUGUGGACUUUUGCUCUCUUCCCAUCGAACAGUCAGAGGUUCCAUUUUCAAUUUUGUUUCACAAGGCCGUGUACUAUCUGAAAUAUAAGAACUUAUAUAAAGCGUUUAAGAUCCAGCUUCUUUUCAUUCAUUCUCAUCGGAAUCGAAACAUCUUUUCAGUAUUCAUGAAAAUCGUUCAAGUUUGAUCAGACUUGCAAUCAGAUUCAGUCUUUGUUUUGACUGAACUUUUCAAUUUUUCAACGAACCAAUAAGCUUUCAUAAAAAUUGUCUUUCAAACGAUCAUGUAAGAACAGCUUUUUGAAGUAAUUCGUUUCAAUUCCAAUAAGGAAAAGUUUAUUUCUUCUAAUGGAGAGCAGCUUUUUGUCUAAAUCAGACAUAACUUUUGCGUUUAUCUUUUUGCAAAAUAAAAUAGACGAAUCGGGGUCAGGUAAUAAAAGUAUACGGAGCAUAUACCUCAAAAUGGAUCGGAAUAGUAUAGUAAUAUGUUCAUCGUCAUAUCUAUCUUUUGCGUUUGCAGACAGCCGUGAUAAAAGACGACGUGCUGCGAGGAUGGAACACGGCUCUGGAUAGGGCGGAGACGUUCCUCCCGCCGGACGCCCUCGGCUGGGAGCGGGAGCAUGCCGUCCUGAUGCAUCCUCAGACGAUGGAGCAGCUCCACGUGCUGGCUCGGCAGCCGAUCCUGGUCCUGCAAGCCUCCGCCUCUUUCGUCGCCGUCGUUUGGCCUUGCAAGGAGGUCCGACCAUAUUUGAAGAUUUUGGCUUCUGUAUGAUUCGAUUUCUUCUAAUAGACCGAACUGUAAAGACUCACGGCCAUCAAAUUACUACCCUUUCUUUUUCGCGAAUUUUUUUUCACAUAGGGAGGUUCUGUUUCAGAUUAAAAAAACUCAAUUUUUUUAAUAUUAAUGUUUUUACAGAUCAGUGUGAGUUCUGAAAAAUUUAUUUCGAAUUUAAUAUUUAGUAAAAAAACAUUAAAAUAUAAAUAAAUUGAGUCUUGGAGAAAUAGUUACGAAAAAGCUCUCAAAAAAAUUGAUUAGUAAUUUUUUUAUAAACUCGUUAUAGACGAUGGCUGAAUUGAAAUCAGGUAGUAAGUUCGUUUCAAGUAGGAUUUGUUCUGAAUGAAAAUUGUCCGUUAUAAUAAUAAAAAUGUCCACGAUCCACGAUUUCUAUUUGAGUUGGCCCUUCUUCGUGUCCACGUCGUGUCGUCGCUGAUCGCUCGCGAGCGUUUCGUCGUCGUCCGAAAACUUUCGAAUGUCAGAAAAUCGUCUUCCGUUCUUUUUGAUGUCGUGAAAUCGUCCCUGGAGAUCACUUCUUCAUUGCGAGAUUUCGCGCAGGUUCAGUUUCCGUUAGGAUCUUGACUCAUUUUUCAAUGUUUGAAAUUGUAUCGUGAUAAAAUAAGGAAUUUCGAACAAUGAAGUUUUUGCAAAGUGCGGAAUCAUUCUUGAUCUCUUCCGAAGACCUUUAGAAGUCUAAAUGGUGACUACUCCUAGCUCUUUCUGACGCAAUUUUUUUUCAGUGUGAACUUUUAAGAUUUACCCUUGUUUUUUUUCUGCUUAUUUUUCUCAGUUAAGUUGCGUUCCUGUGAGGUCGAAUUCUGUGAAUUAUAUCUCCAAAAAUAAUCUGAGAGAGAUCCAUUUACUUUCAUAGAGAUGUUUUGCCAAUUUGGCAAUUUCCUUGUGAGUUAAUUCACCGUAUCUCUAUGCUCUGUAGAUAAUUUUUCAUUCGAAGAUGUACCUGAGCAACGCCUACGUCCAGCCAGGAGUCGAAUGUGCUCUGCGGUACUACGGACAGUCGAUUUCCUUGAUUGCUCAAGAGCCUGUCGACGAGAAAUUCGCUCGUCUCGCUCUCCAGCAACCAUCCGAAGUUAGUUUUCUCUAUUUUCAAUUUUCUUUUAAUUUGAUCUACUUUCUUAAUAAGGAAGCUGAAAAUUCGGAAGCCUAGACAAUCAUGAAAGUUGCUCUCGAAAAAGUACGUAUUGAACUUUUUGAUGUUUUCAAGGAUCCCAUCGUCUUGUUUCUGCCUCAAGAUUGCCUCGUCAGUUUGGGUGAACCACCGACUGUGUCCUCCGACGUCGUCGCUUCGGAUUUCAGUUCCAUUGGGGGCAUGUUUUCGGCCAAACAAAUCCUUUUCGACUACGUAGUCGCGCCGGUUCGAAGGUUUGCACCUUCUAAAAAUUAGCGAUUAAGAAAAUUCAAAUUUUCUUCCAGCAACUGUGACCCUUGUUCCUUGCUCCUCUGGGGUCUUCCAGGAAGUGGAAAGUCUUUUUUGCUCCGAGAAAUGGCUAAAGUACUUGGAUCUUCUUGCAUUUAUUUUUCGGUUUGUUUUGGGGUUCAUUUUUUUAUAAUUGUUCUUAGAACGCGGACGAGCUCGCGGAGAAAGGCGAGGCCUUGAUCGGAUCACUCGGCGGCUCUCAAAGUCUCGUGGUCGUCGUGGACAUAAACGAGUUGGACAAAGAAGUCUCAAAGGCGAGCCUCAUUCUGGCGCGACUUCUGUCUUCGCAACACCGCGUUCGUUUCGAGUGCUUCAUAACUUCAAACCUAUUAGCCACGUUUUUCGACAACUAACAGGGCAGCUGUAAUUUUCCUGCUUUUGCAAGUUUUCUGUGUAGUUCUUUCGUUUUGACCCAAAACAGUUGAACUUUCAAAGUCACAAUUAUCAGGCUCUGCGAGCCAUCAUCGCGAAUGUUGAGUAAUGACUCCUCCGAGGGACAAGAACUUUUUUUCAUCAAAGUUAGGAUGCUUAAUACCGACCUAGCGAUAGUUCAGUAAUGUUUUGAAGCUUGUCUGUUCACUUUUUACAUAGAAGUUGCAAUUUUGAAACUACGAUGUACUUUGGAAGAAUCUUUACUAUUUACAAUCGAACCCAUUUUUUUCAAUGUUUUUUUUUAUUUUCUUGAAACGAAAUCAAUUGAAAAGUCAACUUUUUGUGUUAUUCAGAUUUUUAAUGUAAGUUUACAGUGUACCGUGGUUUUGGCUCUGAGGUCUGCAGACAGCUUGGAUCUUGGCCUUCGAGUUCGUUUCCCCGUUGAGGUAUCUUACUCCGACUGAAACUAUAGUUGAAUUAAAAACGUCAUAUCAUAUAUAUAUAUGAGAAGAGUUAAAUUCACGUAAAAAUAGGCCGAAAAUCGGACAGACGGCAAGAAUUUUCACGCGGUUUCCAAUGAAAUGAACAAGAUUUUGAGGCCGAAGUGACGGUGCCGACACAGGAAGAGCGCGUCGACGUUCUACGCAGGAUAUCCCAACAUUUAUGCUUGUCCGAAGAAGAAUUGGCCGAAGUUUCCAAGUGAGACAUUUUCCAGAAGUAUUCUCUUCCAUCCAACAUAGACUGACGCACGGCUUCACCGCAGGCGACCUGUGUUCCCUCUUAAAAGCGACGCCGUUUGCACGUGGCAACACGGAUUUUCAGAAAGUCGAAGCGACUCGUAAGAGAAUGCGGCCGACUGGAAUCCGCCAGUUCAUUCUGGAGGUUUCAAGCGUUUUUGCCCAUUUUCUAAUGACCGGUUCAGGUGCCAAACGUCACCUGGGACGAUAUCGGCGGAAAUGAGGAGCUCAAGUUAGAGAUUCAACAGGUCUUUCUUUCCUCCUCUCCUGCUAGUAUGAAUUCUGGACUUUGAGGCGGUCAUCUGGCCACAAAAGCACGCGGACGCCUUCCAGCGCUUCGGAAUCGACCCACCUGCCGGUCGGUCGCCGCAACGCGCUUUCUGUUCACCGGAAUAUCUCAGGAAUCCUUCUUUAUGGUCCGCCAGGAUGCAGCAAGACGCUGGUGGCACGAGCGCUGGCCAACGAGGCCAAGAUGAACUUUUUGGCCGUGAAAGGUCCAGAACUUUUCAGCAAAUGGGUCGGAGACUCGGAAAAGGCCAUCAGAGACUUGUUUUCACGCGCUCGUCAGGUCUCCAACACUCACCUUCUUUUGCAGAACAACAGAUUUCAGGUCUCUCCCACAAUAGUCUUUUUCGAUGAAAUCGACGCCGUUGGCUCUUCACGCGGCUCGGAGUCAAGUUCAGGUGAACACCCUCCGGAGUUUGACCAGAAAAACGGAGUUCAGGCGUGUCCGACCGCGUGUUGGCGCAGUUGCUGACAGAGCUGGACGGUCUGGAGAAGCAGAGUCGCGUGGUUCUUCUGGCGGCCACCAACCGACCAGAUCAGCUCGACAGCGCCUUGUUGCGGCCUGGUGCGUCACAUAGACAGCAAAGAGUCGGAAGAAGUCUGGAGUUUCCGCCAUUUCUUUGCGAUCCCAUGCAGUUCCUCACUGUUUCAAAAAUUCCGAAAUCAUACAUUUACACUUAUUCAGUCUUCUGAGAGCAGUCUCUGCGGAUUCAUUGGAUAAUUGAAGAGUUGUUUGUCGGUUAGCGAAACUGUCGUUGAUCAAGGCGCGUAGAUUAUCAAGAUCUUUUUGUGAUAGUAGUAGACGACUUUUUGGCAUUCCGAAGAUCAGCUGCUUCUCCAUGUAGGAACAGUACGGCGCCCAGCUUGUCUAGGGAUCGCGAACGUCAGAUUGAAUCUCAGACGAGGCAAUGAAGGCCGAACACCCGGGAGGUAGAAAUGAGAUAAUAAUCCGAACUCCUGUUGCGAUAAAAAUGAAAACCUCGUCGGAAAGAGAAAAAAAAAGAAAAAAAUGACUGAAAGACAGACAAGUCUUGGUGAAUGAUAAAAAAAGUGACGGUGUCGAGAAAAACUUUGAGUUAACAACUUUGGUGCUCAGGUCGACUGGAUCGCGCCAUUUAUGUCGGACUCCCGUGUCAAACGACGCGAAGAGCGAUUCUGGAGAUGAGGACUCGAAAAACGAAGCUUGCGGAAGACGUCAGCCUCCAAGCACUGGUCGCCCUCACUGAAGGUGAUUUUAAUGGGAAAAAGAAACAGGAAUGGAGUUCUCAGGCUAUUCUGGAGCAGAACUCGUGGCAGUUUGUCGAACGGCGGCCAUGAUCGCCAUGCGUGAAGAUCUGGAGGCUCACACCGUCCAUUUCACUCACUUCCAAAAAGGUUCCGUUUCCCCCGAUUAACUGCCGUGGCAACUGUAUUUCAGCUCUGGAAGCGGUCGUUCCAAGAACUGAACAGUACCUUCUUGACAUCUACAGCUCGUUCCGCGUAGGGAAGGCAGCCGCAUGA